GUGUGCACAAACGCACACCGCCCAUGCCCCACCCACCCUCUCCUCUCCGGCUGCCAGCAUCACUGCUGACCGACCGGCGAUGCUGUCAUCAAACCGGAGAAUAAAAUCCGGUCGAAGGACCCGCGCAGGCCUUGUCAUUAAUACCGGCGUCUCCGAUUUGUGAGUUAGCGUAUGCCGAGGCUCGGUUGUCGACUGUCUGCUUGCUGCACGUCAGCGUGGCUAGGACGUCGCCGGGGCUCCAAGGACACUGGCGAUGUGCACGUCUGACGGCGACUGCGCGGCGCAAGAGAGAGCGAGCGUGUCCGCCCCGCUCGUGUGAUCGCGGCUUCGUCGACUUUCAUUGACGGGGACGAGCGCCCGUUUCGACGAGAUGAUUGCGCCAGGCCAAUGCUGCUGUGCUGCACUUGCGCGGCCAUAGACUCAGCUCUUUUCUGCCGCAGCUUUAGCGCCUCUUCCAUUUUUUUUGGGCUCUUUCUUUCUUUUUUGUGUGUGUGCAUACAAUGAUACCCGCCAGCGCCGCAUCCAUGUUACCGUCUGCAGAAGCUGCCAAACUGUACCAGACCAAUUACGUCCGCAACUCGCGCGUCAUCGGACUCCUGUGGGCCAUAUUCACCAUCCUGUUCGGCAUCGUGAACGUGACCAUCUUCUCGCAGCCCUAUUGGAUCGGCGAUGGCAUGGACACGCCGCAGGCCGGUUACUUCGGCCUCUUUCACUACUGCAUCGGGGACGGGGUCAACAGAGAGCUGGCCUGCCAGGGCAGCUUCACCGAGUUCUCCGCCAUCCCGUCCAGAGCCUUCAAGGCCGCCUCCUUCUUCAUCGGGAUGUCCAUGAUGCUGGUGGUCACCUGCAUCGGCUGCUUCUCCCUCUUCUUCCUCCUCAGCACCUCCACCGUGUACAAGAUCUGUGGCUGGAUGCAGGCCGCUGCAGGUGUGAGGGUGGAUGGUCGUUUGGCUGGCGACCAGUUCAGGGUGUACCCCACCUUUCGCCCGAAGAUAGCUGGGAUAGGCUCAACUCUGCAGCGAUCCAUACGUGUGUGUCUGGUACUGGGCUGCAUGGUCUACCCUGAUGGCUGGGACAGCGACGAAGUGCGGCGCAUGUGUGGGGAGCAGACGGACAAAUACAGCCUGGGGGCCUGCUCCAUGCGCUGGGCCUACAUCCUAGCCAUCAUGGGCAUCCUGGAUGCGCUCAUCCUCUCAUUCCUGGCUUUUGUCCUCGGGAAUCGACAGGACGGCCUCAUGACGGAGGAGCUGUUGGCUGAGAGCAAGGAGGGAGGCAAUGCUUAGCAACAUUUUGGCUCCUGUGAUCCACAGAAUACCAUCCCUUCAACAUCACACGCCAGGAGGGAGGAGAGGAAAAGCACCUCCUUUCCAUCCACUUGCCAAAAACCUUCAGCCAUUGUCCUCUCCUGUUUGCUUGCAGCCCCUGACGUACACCGAGCCCAUGUAAUACAUAUUCAAGCCAGAGAGUCUGCAGAACAACCCCCAUUGCAUAGACGGACCAUGGCGGGGCCGCAGACUGUUACUAAAUGACAAGUGUGGACUGAGCACUACCUGCAACAAUAUACACAUCAUUAUCUGAUACACACAUGCGUACUGUACUGUAUAACGCAUUUACUAUACUAUAUGUUAACAAUGAUCUGUAUGUUCCACUGUCAACAUCUGCGUGGCAAUUUAUCCAGACAAGAUCAGAAUCCAUGUACAGUAAAUUUAUUGUGUUUCAUCAUUUUAUGUAAAGGCUUGACAAUGACGUGAAAAAAAUCAUUUGAACCAUUUGUUUGUCUAUCUCUGUUCACAUUUAACAAAUAUUCUAUGUAGAUUGAAGUAUGUACAGAAAAUAUGUUAAGAUGCUAUGAGACUCAAUCCCAUCUAUGCCCGUUUAGCUCACUUUGCACAGUGCUUCGGUUCUGUUGUUUUCUCGUAUUUAACUCUCGUAUCUACACUGUGAUGGGGCCGUUAGAGGACUGCCUGUUGCAGGACGUGUAGCUACCGUGCGAAUGUAUGCGGAAUGAGCACAGGUGUGCACGCUCGUGUGACUGUGUCACCGUCUGUAUAGUACACACACACACACACAGAGUUUUCCUGUUGUGUAUCUAUUUUAAUGUCUUCUGCUGUUUGUGUUUCUUUGACUUCCCCCAUGAGCUAACUAGUUAGUGCAUACAGGGUAACAGGCUGCAUUGUCAUCCAAUGGUGUGGCUUAUGAGUAAAGUCGAGAGAAAAAACGGAUUUAGCUUCACCUGUCUUGUGUAAAUAGUUAUACUGUAGACACAACCCAUAGGGGGUUACCUUACAGCAAUUUAAGAGAUUACUUUAAGAAUAUAUCAAGACUUAAUAAAGAUUUUCACUCUGCUGUU